CUUCACGCCUUCCUCUCCGCCUCUCUUUUCCUUUCCUUCCCUCUCUUUCUCUUCUCUCCAUUCCACCCUGGUCCUUCUUUCAGCUUUCUAUUGUUCAGUUACCAUGUCCUUCUCCUAGUGCGACCUGUAUUAUUCGAUUAGAUUACUCCCCGACACACUCCCUAGACAGAUAGCCCGUCAUGGUGUCCCUGUGGCCCUUCAGGGCCGAGGACAACUCUCCAGCAUCCUUCGAAAAAGCCCUCGUCGCACUCUCCACCAAGAUCACUCGAGCCACCACUCGUCUCGACCUCCACCGCCAACAUGCCCGCCGCUUCAAAGCCCUCUGGACUCUCUACACCACCUUCGCCUACCUCCUCUAUUCGAUUAUCAUUGCUCUAGUCCUCGGGUGGCAGAAUUGGGGAAUCACAGAGUACGGCGCGAUCAUCGGUGGCCCAAUCCUGAUCUACCUCAUCCGUACCAUCUCCACCCGCUACUAUGACUAUCGCAUCUCCAAAACCCAGGCCUACCUCGACGAUCUCCACAAACAGCGCGAGAAAACCAUCGAGGACCUGAAGACCGCUACGCGCUGGAACUCCACCCAACAGCUCCUCGAGAAAUACGGCGGGGAAUCGCCCAAACCCGCGCGCUCAAACUCGGUCAAGUCUGGCGACGCCAAGCGCAACAAGUCCGAGGGAGCGAAGCGCAGGCAACCAUCUCAGCAGCAGCAGCAAGUCCAGCGCACGGGUAUCCCCCCGCCCCCGACAGCGAAUAUCCGACGACCAGCACCGCAGCAAUUCCCUCCUUCUCCUCAACCGCCUGCCACCCCGCCAGUCGCAUUCCAGCACCACCAGCAGUCUCCGCAGAAUUUCCCCGGCCAACAACAACCACAGCAGCAGAGGUCGCUAAGCAUGAACGUGGGCCUCGAAGAGCCUGGAUUCGCUCCGAACGCAUUCUCUAGUACGCCUUCACAAUAUGUGGAACAGUCCCACUGGUACGACCGCCUGCUGGACGUAUUGCUGGGUGAAGAUGAAACCCAGCCCAAGAACCGGCUCGCGUUGAUCUGCUCCACCUGUCGAAUUGUCAACGGUCAGGCGCCCCCGGGUAUUAAGACACUCGAAGAACUAGGCCGCUGGAGAUGCGGAAACUGUGGCGCAUGGAACGGUGAGGAAAGCGAGGCGAAGAAGGUCCUGGCGGGCAUCCGCAAGGAACAACAGCAGUCGUCCAAUAUCAUCUCCAGUGGCAGCGUUGAUGGCACAGAGACCCGCUCGUCCGUGGGAGGAGAUGUAACGGAUGACGGCGUCAUGGUGGCUGCUACUGGCAGCGAGGAUGAUCAGCUCGAGUCGCACAGCGAGGGAGCUGAGACGUCGGAGGAACAGGUAGAGCAGUCUGCGGAGAGUGAGGAUGAGGUAGAGGAAGAGCCUGAACCACAACCCAGUAAGAGGGUAACGCGAUCUCGGGCUAAGGGUGGAAGAAGGAAGGGUUGACGAUAUGCCACUAAGGCUGUUCUGUAAUGUAGUUAGUUUAUUCGUGUGGCAUUAUUAGCAAUACCAGGU